AUUCGGUUCGAGCCAUCACUACAAAUUAUAUCUUCAUUAAACGGUGGUGUGUGAAACUAGCUUAUGAAGAAAAGGUUUAAUUUCAGUGGUAUAACGGUGAAGAAAUUAUAAAAAAAGUGUUUUUAACCAAUGCUAAUACUUUUUCCAUGCUAUUAACGGCAAGCGUAUUUGAGAUACUUUUGGAAGUUUUCGAAUCGUCCCCUAAAGCGGAAUAACCCAGGUGACAACGUGUCGGUAGCAUCAUCGUACCCGUGCGAUGCAUGUAGGAGAAACAGUCGUAAGUAGGAUUAUGAACUCGCAAGAUCAAUCAUUGAGCCAGCAAGCUGCUUGGAUGGCAGCUGCCCAGGCAGUCCAACAGCAGACUGCUGUAGGUGGGGGAUACUCGGGAGCGUACGGAAUGAAUCAACAACAGCAACAGCAACAACAGCAGCAGCAACAACAGCAACAACAACAACAACAACAAUAUGCCCAGUUUUAUGCGCUGUACCAACAGUUGCAGUACAACAAUUCCGGUGGUGGCAUGCAGGGCCCUAUGGGACCAUCUGCUUUUGGUGCAGCAAAUAGUAACAAGGGCGGUAACAAUGUCGUUGGAAACAUGAACAAUUCAUCGUCGGGAUUUUCUGCUAAUCCAAUGUCGGAUAAUGGCAACGGCGGCGGAGGUAUGGGAUCGCCUGGCAUCGGUAUGACAGGCAACAAGUUUUUUAGCUCUCCUCAGCAACAACAACAACCUGGUAACGACUCAAUGAGUUUUAAUAAGCAGGCUCCGAGUCAGUUCGGUCCAAUCCGUUUUAAUAUAAAUAAACACCCUCAAAGAGUAAGUCCGAUAGUUGCAAAUAAUCCGCUCGCACAAGCCAGCCAAAUACACGCGCAGCAGCAGCAGCAACAUAUCCAACAGCAACAGCAUCAGCAAAUGAUGGCCGCUUUUCAGAAUCAGAGCGGCGGCCCUGGUGGUAAGAAGAAGCGUAAGAAAAAUAAAAAUAAUGGUAUGAACAAUCAGCAGCAUGGCAAUGCAAAUUCUGGUACUAUUUUCAUGAAUGGUAUUGGUUCUACGACCAAUAUUCCACCACUAAUGCCAGCCGGGUCACUUCCGGUAUCGCCGGGUAAUGCAACCGCGAACUUUUCAACGCCGCCUCCCGAUCUAAGCAAACCUCCUCCACCGCUUCCGUCUGUGCCUGCGAUUCCCGGUGGAAUUUCGCUUUUGCCCCAACCGCAGGCCCCAACGCCACCGGUUGUUGGUACUACGAAAAAGCCAGAUCCUUUCCACAAUCCAACCGAUGAUUGGCCGCAAAGUUUGAACAAUUUUGUAGCAAGAUGCUACGCUAAAUGUAAGACCGAUUUCGAUAAAGAUCAGAUCGAUAUCUGUCUAAAGGGCCGAAUUACGGCCGCGGCUAACAAAGGUGAAUUGUGGACCAAAGACUGGGAUAACGAGCCAGUACCGAGUGUGCACAGCGAGCGCAACCAGCAGGUACUGUUGCCGAACAUGAACAGCAGCGUACUUGGAAUGUCUUCCAACAAAGGCAAAAUUGGUGGCAUCACCCCAUACCAGAGCCCGUUAGGUAACGUUAAGGGCGGUGGCCAGCAACUGCAGCAGCCAUUUGGUGGGAAAAAGCAAUCACCAAACGCUGGUCUAUCGCCAUCGCUCGGUACGAGGCUUGGUGUGAAGCCGGGAACUUCUGCGACAAGAAAAAAUCGUCCCUCGCGUUCGCGGUCCCGAUCGCCAAGUCGCUACAGUAGUAGCGGCAGUCGUAAUCGUCGCAGCCGGUCAUCUAGCGAUGAUUCACGAUCACCGCGCCGUAAGAAUCGCCGAUCAUCGAGCAGCAGCGAUAACGACAUCCGUACGACUUACUCGAGCAAAUCCUCUGGCAAGAGUAAUAACAAGCAACAGCAGCAGCAACAAAAACAUAAAAACCAGAAAAAUCAGAACAACAAAAACCAGCAAAACCAACGAAACAGUAAGUCGCACGGUGGUUUUUACUCUGAACACGGCCAAAUGGGUGGUGCGGUGGAGGGUGAUUUGGAGCAGUUAAAAAAGCGUGCCGCUCGGUUCAACAGUCAGGGUGGCAAGAAAGUACCGCCGGUCGUUGCCUCUAAUAUUGUGUCACCUUUCAAUGGCGGUGGCAAAAAGGAUCGUAGGCUAACUAUGCCAACGGCGUCUCGCAUUUUCAUUGAAGAUGCAGGCGAUCGCGAUAACGAGGAUGAUGAGGUAGAUCUAUUUGAUCUACAUAUCGUCGGUACAUGUAGAGAUUUGGAAAAGAGUUUUCUACGCUUAACGAAGGCACCAGCCUCGUCCGAAGUGCGCCCGGUAGAAGUAUUGCGCCAUUCGCUGCAGAACGUCAAGAAGAGAUGGGUCGAAAAGCAGGACUAUUUUUAUGCCUGCGAUCAGCUAAAAUCCAUCAGGCAGGAUUUAACGGUACAAGGUAUCCGAGAUGCAUUCACUGUGCAGGUAUACGAAACUCAUGCCCGAAUCGCGAUGGAGAAAGGUGACCAUGAAGAAUUUAAUCAGUGUCAGACACAACUCAAAAUGCUGUACACCGAUGUGGGUGGAGAAAAUCAUCUUGAGUUUACCGCGUACCGUGUCCUGUACUACAUCUUCACCAAAAACACUUUAGAUUUGACCACCAUUCUCAAAUCUUUGACGGCAGUGGAUAAGGAGAGUGAUAUAGUUGGGUUCGCGCUCCGACUUCGAUCUGCCUGGGCUUUGAGUAAUUAUAGCACUUUCUUCAAGCUCUACCGAGAAGCACCAUUGAUGGCAGGUUAUUUAAUCGAUUGGUUCAUCGAGCGUGAACGCAAACUAGCACUCAAAUCUAUAAUUAAAGCUUAUCGUCCCAAUAUACCGGUGGAAAUGGUCAGCCAAACACUGGCUUUCGACAGCGAGGAAAAAUGUUGCGAGUGGUUAGAGUCGUUAGAAAUUAUCAUGGCAACUGUACCUGUGCUAGCGGCCAAAUCAGCACCGGCGGAGGGAUCUACGGAACCGACGGCAGAGUUAAACUCGAGCGGUUGUGCUGCUGCUGCUGCGGACUGUAAAAGUGUAUCCAGUGCUAUGAGACAAGUGAUCGACUGCAAGCUAUGCAUGAACAUCUGGGAAACGACUGUGCGGUUGGCGCAGAUUCAAACGCUCAUCGAUAAGCUUUGUCUCGCGACCUGUCCGGACGAGGCGAUGAUAUGCUUCCUCCAGGAGACGGACGGCCAGUCCAUGCUGGAUAUUAUAUCCGACGAUGAAGAAGAAGACGAUACAGAACCACAGCUACGCGGCAAGAGUUAUCUCAAGCGAAUGAUUCAGGAUAUGUACACGCGGCCCCAGAUGAUCGGCACAGUAAAAAUGAUCCUGUACCACUGCCUGACGACAAUGGCAGAAAAGCUAACGCAGGACAUUAAGUUCCGCUCGGAAAAUGCCGAAUUCUUCGACGAUCUUGAGCUGGUGUUAAGCCGCAUGACUGAUGAGGCGGCCGAAACUACCAAGCGCGAAAUCAUGCAGUACUUGUCGAUUGCAAAGAAACGGCUAGCCAAACGGAAGCGGGUACGGGAUCAGCAACAACACCAGGAGCAACGGCAGCAGCAACUACAGCACCAAGAACAGCAGGAACCUUCAUCAUCGUCGUCUCCCUCUUCUUCCUCCUCCUCUUCCUCGUCCACUACACCGACGCCUGACUGUAGAAUUUCCCCGCCCUAUGGCUGUGGCGUCAUUUCUCAGCCUAUUCCGCCCUCCGGCGGCUCUGGUUUCUUCCCGGGAAAUGAUACGGCAUCGACGUUCCUUAAAGUACCCAACCCACCGUACAUCAAGCAGGAGUCGGGUACAGUGGGCAGUGAGACGAUGAUCGUUGGUGGUACCGUCACACCGCCCGUAAACUACAGCCAGAAUCAGCACUACGCGACCGAGUAUGGUGAAACGGUUGAUGUGGAGAAACCCCUAUUCUAUCGGAAACCGUUCGACAUGCCUUACCUGUCGAAUCCGUACAUGCAACCUCAUCCGCAGCAAUUUGCCCAACAUUCGCUUCCACACAUUGUUUCACACCCUAACCACCAUCAUGUGACGCACGUGCAACACCAACAGCAACAACAUCUUCCACCACCUGCUCCGACAGUGUCAUCCGAUAUGCAUUCGCCACAGCUAAUUGUAACAGAGCAUGUGCAACGACAGCAACAUCCAACAAACUUCCACGAGUAUUUUGAUCAAUCGGAUCCUUCCUCAAUGGAACCAUAUGCUUACGUUCUGCAAAAGCCCGCCGUAUCGAUGUUGAACACGGAAACGCCGUCGUCGAUGCUUUCUACCUCGUUUUCCGCAGCCCCAGCCGAGGCACGAUCACCGUACGAUAUUGGUGAAGCACCCGAACCGGCCUGCUUUAAAUGUGAAAGCUGUCCGAAAACGUUCGACACAAUGGUGAAGCUAGAAAAGCACAACAAAACACAUCUGUCGAACGGUGGCCAACAGGAUUUCAAAUGCCGGAUGUGUGAAAAAACCUUUCGCACCAGAAGUACACUGAUCUGUCACGAAAAGGUGCACGGUGAGAACGGAGUGGAUAACACCUUUUCGUGUGUGGAGUGCGGCAAAGUGUUUGCGACUGCCGAAAAGCUGCAAGUUCACCGCCGUUUACACACGGGAGAAAAGCCUUAUCAGUGCAAGGUGUGCCUCAAGCACUUUAACCAUCAAUCCAACUUGAUCGUACACUCGCGCAUUCACGAGAAGGUAAAGAAAGCGCUCAAAUGUGCUCGUUGCAGUAAGGUGCUGGAUAAUGAGGAGCGUUUGGCCAUCCAUAUGCGGUUGCAUACGGGUGAAAAGCCGUACAAAUGUUCGUACUGUGAUAAGCGUUUCAAUCACAAAAGUACGGUCAGUACGCACGAAAAGGCGGCACACAUAGCGGCCAACUCGUUCAAGUGCGAACGGUGCCAUAAGACGUUCAAUCAAAAGUGCCAGCUGCAGUACCAUGAGAAGCUGCAGGAGGAGCAUACGAUCGCGUGCGCCCACUGUGAGAAGGUAUUCUGUUACAAGGCCAGCCACAAGGAGCACAUGUUUAAGGUACAUUUUCCACGUCCGAAAAAGGAACUGAAGAAGGAACAGGCGAGUGAUGACAGAACGGGUGGUGUUGAGGAUAGUGGUGUUGGUGGUGGUGGCGGCGGGACAAGCUCAAGCACUGGGAAUGGCAAUCAGGGAAGGAACAAGUUCAAAUGCAACGUAUGUGACCGUCGGUUUUAUUACAAACGUGCACUGGAAGUGCAUAUGGGUGUACAUGACGCUUCGCUGGACGUAAACGUGCUGUACUUUUCGUGCAACUACUGUCCGGAAACGUUCACCGAGGAGGAUUCGCUGCAGACACAUGAAGCCAAACACGUUGCCGCCGGGACGACCGACUUCCUGCAGAAUAUGAGGGAACUGGAACAGUCGGAAAAUCCUGCCAACGGGCAGGUCGAUGGUGGUUUUCGGUGCCCGUUAUGCUUUAAGCGUUUCGAGGAUCAACACACAUUGCGCGAUCACCACAAAACGCACCUUUGCUCGUACCCUGACUGUACCAAGUGUGGACCAGCGCAUAGCGAUGAGUUCGAUCUUACGCGCAGUACGUACGAUGCUAGUGAUGACACGCGUGAAACGGUAUGCAACAUUUGCCACCGUCAAUUGCCAACUUUCGAGCAAUUUCAGAACCACUUCCAUUACCAUACGUCCCGUGUACCGUUCUACUGCUAUCACUGUCGGGAGGAGUUUACGGACAAGCGGGAACUGUACAACCACUCGAGGACGCAUGCACCGCGUGAACCGGAAUCGUAUACGUGCGAGGUAUGCGCGAAGGUGUUCUCGACCAAGGGCAAUUUUAAGCGGCAUUUAAAAUCUCACGAAACGGUACGCGCAUUCGCGUGCGAUCGUUGUUCCAAGCAGUACGACUACAAGAGCGCACUAGAGGUGCAUCUGAAGCGAUCACACGGUAUCGAACUGUAAAUUCGAGUUAGUCGGAUAUGUUCAGCCCAUUGCUUCAUCUUCCAGGGGAGCCCAGAUCGUGUAGGUCUUUACCGACCGAUACCAAUUUCCAUGCGGACCGUUCCUCGUAACAAAGACCAACUAUCUAGGCUUGGAGGUAAAAAUAAGAGUAGUAAGCCAGUUAUUGCACGCAUGGCCUAGCAGGUCGUUAGGUUAGGAAGUAACUUCUUCCCGCUACAGACGUUGCCGAACGUUACAUAAUUGCAGAGAAAAUGGGCAAUAUAUUUUGCAAUGGUACCAUUACUGUUUUAUUAUUAAAUCGCUGAAUAAAACAAUUCCCCGCAUCGGGAUUUAUAA